AUUAUUUAUUGUUGUAGGUUAUGUUAUGUUAUUUUGCUUGUAAAUAGAGGUUAUAAUAAUAUCAUGCUUGGCUUGUGUAAAUGCAACAUUUCUGUAGUGUAUCUUUACAUUUUAACAUUGUAUCAUAACAUUAUUAGAGGAUUUUGUUUUUCAAAUAGUAAUUAGAUUACUUUCUAUUUGUUUUUCUGGUCAUAAUUUAUAUUGAAUGUUGAAAAUUCAAUUAACCUAAGUGUUCAUUUACCAAAUCUAAAUUUCAAGUUUCUUUCAUGAAUGUAAGCCCACCUCAUUAACUUUAAUUAUUUUCCCUUUUUAAUCAGAGUUGUGGGCGAUUUUUGACAUAAAGAAUAAUGGCAUCACUUAGAAGAUUCAUUGACAUAGGAGCCAAUUUAAAUGACCCAAUGUUCAAUGGAGUUUAUCACGGGAGUAUUAAACAUAAAUCCGAUUUGAAGAAUGUACUGGCCAGAGCAUGGGAGAGUGGAUUGAAGAAAAUUAUAAUAACUGCUGGGUCCCUCAGAGAUAUAGAAGAAUCGCUUAAAUUAGCGGAACAAGAUGAUAGACUAUUCACAACUGUCGGAUGUCAUCCCACCCGUUGUGGCGAAUUUGAAGAGAAUGGUGAUCCAGAGGCUUACAUGCAAUCACUCCAUGACUUUGUCGAGAAAGGAGGAAAGAAGAUAGUCGCCAUUGGUGAAUGCGGUCUAGACUAUGACCGAAUUAAUUUCUGUCCUGUAGAUGUUCAAAAGAGAUACUUCGAAAAGCAAUUAAAACUUAGUGAACAAUUCAAAUUGCCUCUUUUCUUGCAUUGCCGAAACGCUGGAGAAGAUCUACUGGAAAUUUUGGAGAGGCAUAAGAAUUUGCCUGGAGGUGUAGUACAUUCUUUCGAUGGGUCUUGGGAAUUGGCUGAAAAAUUUAUAAAUAUGGGAUACUAUAUUGGAAUAAAUGGGUGCUCACUAAAAACUGAGGAGAACCUAGAAGUUGCCAAGAAGAUUCCUUCGGAGAAGUUGAUGCUGGAAACUGAUUGUCCUUGGUGUGAAGUCAGACCUUCGCAUGCUGGUUUCAAGUUUAUCAAAACUAAUUUUGAAAGUUGUAAGAAAGAAAAAUGGCAAGAGGCUAAAAUGGUGAAAUCCAGAAACGAACCAGCUAACAUUAUACAAGUACUGGAAAUAUUAUCAGCUAUCAGGAACGAAGAUGCAGACGAACUUACCAGUACAACUUUACAAAAUACUGAAAACCUGUUUUUCAAUUGAUAAAAGAAAUUCAAAUCAAAUCAUAAUUAUUAGGCUCAAUUUUUGUUUAAUCCCUAUCCAGUGCUACACUAAUACAGUAGGUGUUUAUGAAGUAAUCAAGUAAGUUCAAACGUAUUAUCUCAAAGUUUAUCUGAUAAGACUCGAUUUUUAUUAUGAUUUUCAAGUUUGUGGAAAGUUGUGAAGCUAAUCCACCACGUAUUUGGUAACCUGUAUUUAUGUAUUCUGUUGAACAUUUAAUGCAAUGAGGCGGAUCAGGAGGAUAGUGAGAUCAACUGACGUUGUGGAGUCUGUGAAAAUGAUAGGACAACAUAAUAUAUUGCCAUUCUAUUUUCUCAUCGCCUUUUAUAGAAAUAUGGGAUUCAUCGCAGUAGGCCUAUAUGUAAUGCAGGCUAAUAUUAAUUGUUGAUAAUGAUAAAUUAUAUCUCAAAUCUGGUAGUUUACCUUUAUUAUUUAUUCAUAGUCUGCAAAUGAUUUAGCAACAGUGCAUAGUUGUAAAAGUAUAGACCUCUGCUUUGUCAAAUAACAGACAAGGAUAGCAAUCAGGUGCUAUCGAUGUAAAUCAGUGAACUUUAUAACGUGAACUCACUGAAAAAAUAUUCUAUUCUAAUAAUUAAACAAUAUCGGAGCACUGAGCUU